AUGUGCGCGAACACAAAGCCAUCAGACUCCCCGCCAGCAGCAGCCGCAGCAAGCGCCACAGAAGAAAACACUCCUCCCGACUCCUCUGCUCGCCAAUCCACAUCCGCAUCUCCAUCUGCUUCCGCUGAUCCUUCGGAUUCAGCAGCAGCAGCAGUGUGUCAGGGAUGCGGGAUAUCUGAAGCAGAUGCAAAUCGACGGUUUCUGAGUUGCCCAAGAUGUCUGGAGCUGAAUAUACACCCCAACUCCUUCUGCUCUCAGGAAUGUUUCCGUUCUUCCUGGAAGAAGCACAAGGCACUCCAUGAAGUUCUUGAGUCCAUAAGAAAACAAAAACAAGGGAGGUUGAAUGCCAGCUUGACUGGUAUCGAUGUCGCCAACUAUGACCCCAGCGACACAGACGCCUGGCGGGCAGACCCUCAUCUCAGCCAGUUUCUGGGAUUCAAGUUUACGGGGAAACUCCGGCCGUGGCCGAUAACCCCUCGGCGUUCUGUUCCCUCUUCAGUGGCUAAGCCGGAUUACGCAGAGACGGGUGUGCCGUAUGGGGAAAGAAGUUUAAAAAAUAAUGCAAUCAAGGUAUACUCAGCAGAAGAAAUCGAGGCUCUGGAUUUGGUGCAUUCUUUAGUUAAGCCUGGAGUGACAGCAGAAGAGUUAGACGAAAAAGUGCAUGCAUUUAUUGUAAACAACAACGCUUACCCCUCCCCCCUCAACUACCAAGGCUUUCCCAAGUCGUGCUGCGUCAGCGUCAAUGAAGUCAUCUGCCACGGCAUCCCAGACUUCCGGCCUCUACAGGAAGGGGAUAUCGUGAACGUGGACAUAACGGUGUAUUACAAAGGCAUGCAUGCAGAUUUGAAUGAAACCUUCUGCUGCGGCACCCCGAAUCCCGAUCAAAAAAGACUGCUUCAGGGCGCAUAUCUUUGUCUUAUGGAAGCAAUCAAGGCCUGCAAACCUGGAAUGAUGUACCGCGAAAUCGGGCGUGUGGUUUCAGCUGUUGCGGACAAGCACGGGCUCUCCGUCGUCCGCUCUUACUGUGGACAUGGGACAGGAGAACUCUUCCACACAUCCCCCAGUAUUCCCCACUACCGCAACAAUAAAGCAGUCGGGGUGAUGCGUGCUGGGCAUGUAUUCACGAUUGAACCUAUGCUGAAUUUAGGACGCAGUGCGGAUUGUCUGUGGCCGGAUGGAUGGACAGCAGUGACGGCAGACGGCUCCUUGUCUGCACAAUUUGAACAUACACUUUGCUGUACAGACAGCGGAGUUGAAGUGCUCACGAAGCGCACCCCAGAAUCCCCCCGCCUCGAUUUCGACACGCUAGGCCACGACUUGCCCUAA